AUGGCGGCAGAAAGCGCUCACUUCCUGGAGGGCAAAAAAAUCAUCAUCGCAGGCUCUGGCAUUGCAGGACUAUCCUUUGUCGUCGCCUUGCGCAAGCAAUGGAACCCCGCGUUCAAACCGCCCGACAUUGUCAUCUACGACCGAGACAAUCGCGAAGUCACUCAAAAAAGGGAGGGCUAUUCCCUGUCGCUCAACGGCACGGACAAGGACAGUGGCCUCGUGGCUAUCCGCCAUCUCGGUCUUCUAGAUGAGAUCCUCAAGCAUGCCGUCACUGGGCCCGAUAGCGUCAAAUCCUUUCGGAUGUGGGACAAGGAUUGGAACUCGCUGAUGGAACUGAGCUUCAAGCCGUACGAUGGACUACCCACAGCCGGCAUUCGCAUCGCCCGCAGAGACCUCCGCAAUAUUUUGACCAAGGUGGGCGAGAGCGACAAUAACAUCACCUGGGGGACCAUCUGCACCUCGGCCGAGGUUCUGGAAAAUGGUCGAAUCCGUGUUCAUCUAUCUCGGAGCGACAACCCCAGCAAAAAUGAAACUGAAGAGUGUGAUAUGUUGAUUGCAGCCGACGGAGCCAACAGCAAAAUCCGAGCCGUCUUCCGGCCAGAUGAUACUCUCAUCUACCGUGGAGCGAUGCAAAUGGGCGGUGUGGCCAAGUUUCCACAUGGUCUCCCGAAACCCAUUGACGAGAGCUGGGGAAUUGCCGUCUCUGGCCAAGGGGUAGCUUGCUUCAUGUCGCCUGUUGACAAGACAAGCGCUGUGUGGGGAUUGAGUCGCAAUGAGGAACAGCCUCGGCCCGUAUUUAACAGUGGCUCGCCAGAUGAAGCUGGAACUUUGAUGGCUGAGGCUCGACAGAUAGGCCACAUGCUCCAAGGACCAUUCCCAGCCAUGCUUGCCGCUACGGAACCGAGCUCAGCUUUUGUCCUCCCGACACGAGACAAGAUGCCUUUUACUCAUGAGACGAUGCCCAAGGGUGUUGUUCUCAUCGGCGACAGCAACCACGCAGUCAGUCCGUUUGCAGGAAACGGCGCAAACCUCGCACUGAAGGACGGCUGGGAUCUCGCGGCGCAGUUGUGUGAGAGCAAGACGUUGGAGGCGGCUGUCGCUGCAUACGACAAGCUCGCGUUUCCCCGCGCGGUAAAGACGGUCGAGUCGUCGCAUCGGAGAAUUGCCGUGGCUCAUUCUAGCGGUCUCAAGUUCGGGCUUCUUCGGGUUGCGUUUGGCGUUGGAAGUUGGCUCAUGUGGCUCACUGGGAGGUAGAUCGUCGAUUACAUGGAAUCAUGAAUAACGCCAGUUGCCAAGUGGGAUGAAUAUUGGUUCUCUG